CUUUCUGCUGCGCUCCAGGACUCGGGAUUUUUCCAAAGACUACAGAAAGAAUGAAAUCAGUGUGUAGAAGUUGAAAUCUGACUGGAGUACUUCAGUAGGAACACUUUGAAAAUGGAUGACUGGAAACCACAGCUGCUUCUCUUUAUUUCCACCUUCUGCUCUAUAGAUGCACAGCAGACUGUUUGCAGCAGUCAAGUGGCGGAUCUGGUAUUCCUGAUAGACGGAUCAGAAAGCAUAUCAAAAAGUAACUUUUCUGUCAUGAAGACCUUCAUGUUGGAAGUUGUGGACAGCUUUGUUAUUUCUAGGGACAAAGUACAUGUUGGAGUAGUUCAGUACAGCCAAGAGCCCCGGAAGGAAUUUUCUCUUAAUGAGUUCUAUACGGACAGCAUGAUAAAGGAACAGAUCAACAGAAUCGAGCAAUUGCAGUCCUCUACGUUCACUGGCAAAGGGCUGAGUCUUGUCCAGAGCCUAUUUCAGCCUGCCAACGGAGGCCGCAAGAGCCAAGGAGUCUCACAGAACCUUAUAGUGAUUACAGGCGGGUACUCUGCUGACAGGGUGGAGGAUGCAGCAAUGGCUUUGAGAAGCAGUGGGAUCCAUGUCUUUACAGUUGGCGUAGGGAUUAUAAACUCCUUUGAGCUGCUUUUAAUAGCUGGUGAUGCAGGGAGAGUGUUCACAGUGGAAAACUUUGAUGCACUGAAAACCAUUGAAAGAAGUAUUGUCAAUCAAGUCUGUGAAUCCAAAGAUCUUCCAAGCCAGGAUUGCAACAUAGAUCUUUCUAUAGCAAUCGAUAUUUCAAGGCGCAUGAGGCCAGCAGCCACAGUGCUUCUGAAACAGAAAUUGCAAGCGUUCCUCCCCAAGCUUUUACUCCAGAUGAAAUUGCUGCCAAAUACCAGCUGUAGUGCUGAUUCUCCAGUCAACAUUAGAUUCAAGUUCCAAGUAUUGGCACAGACCAAACAAUUAAUCUUUGACUCUGAUUUUGAAGACUAUAAUGAAGAGAUCAUUCAGAAGUUCUUAGAGGCACAGAUCACUGUGGACACCUACCUGAAUGCAGACUUCUUACAGGUGCUUGAGAAGUUCAUUAAUGCAACCUCUGCUAAAGUUAAGGUUCUGUUAGUAUUUUCAGAUGGGCUGGAUGAUUCGCUGGAAGAUCUCAGAAAAGCAGCAGACUCACUUCGCUUUAAAGGUCUGGAUGCCCUUCUAUUAGUUGGCCUGGACAAUACACAGAACUUGACUGAACUUCGGGAGAUAGAGUUUGGCAGAGGGUUUGGAUACAAUGAACCUUUGAGUGUUGGGUUUGCAGAGAUUGCAAACAUCUUGCAGAGAAAUCUUGAUACUGUUGCAGAAAGGAAAUGCUGUAAGGUUGUUUGUAAAUGCCUUGGAGAAAAUGGUGAUCAUGGUGGCCAGGGAAGUCCUGGAAGGAAGGGAAGUACAGGUUACAGAGGAUCUCCUGGCCAUCCUGGUGAGGAAGGUGGGAUUGGGGAGAGAGGCCCGGCUGGUUUCAACGGGACUCAAGGAGACAGGGGAUGUCCAGGUGCCAGAGGCCGUAAGGGGGCCAGAGGCUAUAGAGGAGGUCAGGGUGAACAUGGUGAGAAUGGGUUUGAUGGCACUAAUGGAGAGCAGGGAGAACAUGGAUUUCCUGGACCUUCUGGAGAGAAAGGCAACACAGGAAAACGGGGCAGAAAAGGCCCCAGGGGAGAACCAGGUGAACGAGGAGAAUCUGGUCUAAGAGGAGAUCAUGGAGAUCCUGGGACUAGCGAUGAUGUUCCUGGUCCUAAGGGUGAAAAGGGAAACUCAGCGCAGCAGGGAGACACAGGACCCCAUGGACUCCAAGGAGAACAGGGUGAUGCUGGCCCUGAUGGUGCAGCAGGUCGAAGAGGCCCUCCAGGUAUAAAGGGUGAGCAAGGAGAUCUGGGAGAAGAAGGUUACCCAGGAGACUCUGGUAUUCCAGGCCCACAGGGCCCAAGAGGACUACAAGGGAUCAGAGGGCCUCCAGGACCACAGGGCGUGCCAGGCCCUCUGGGUAGUCUGGGGGCCCCAGGUUCACCUGGCUCUGUUGGGAAGUUAGGUGCAAGAGGAGAAAAGGGUGAACCUGGUGACACUGGAGAGAAGGGUCCAGUGGGACCAGCUGGACAGAGAGGCAUGCCUGGCAUGGAUGGCAGAGAUGCCUACGGUCCUGAAGGAAGCAAAGGAGCAAAGGGAGAAUCUGGAUUCAUAGGAUAUCCUGGUCCAGAGGGGGAAGAUGGAGACCCAGGCAUUCCAGGAGCUGAAGGACCCAAAGGAGUUAGGGGUAGAAGAGGUAAUGCUGGCAUACCAGGUUCCCUGGGAGAUCCAGGGGACCAAGGGCCAUCAGGACCUAAGGGUGCCAAGGGACCAACGGGCACCAUUUUAAUGGAACCUUGUGAACUUGUGAAUUUUACACGAAAAAACUGCCACACAUGUCCAGUUUAUCCAACUGAAGUGGUGUUUGCCUUUGAUAUGUCUGAAGAUGUUACGCCAGCUGCAUUUGAAAGAAUGAGGAGCAUUGUUAUAUUAUUGCUGAAGACAAUUAAGAUCAGCGAAAGCAAUUGCCCAACAGGCGCUCGUGUCUCAGUUGUUUCUUUCAACACCAAUAUGCGCUAUCUCAUCCGAUUCUCAGAAUUCCAAAAAAGCAACUUGCUGCUACAAGCAGUCCAGAGAAUACCACUGGAGAGAUCCACUGGAAAACGUAACAUUGGGGCCGCCAUGAGAUUUGUUGCAAGAAAUGUCUACAAACGUGUUCGUCAGGGUAUCCUUACAAGAAAAGUUGCUUUAUUUUUUGCUAAUGGUCCGUCGCAGGAUGAUGUUGCCAUCAAUACAGCUGUACUUGAGUUGAGUGCUUUGGAUAUCAUUCCAGUGGUUAUUGCCUUCAGUGAAGUGCCAAACGUCAGACGUGCCUUCUCAAUUGAUGAUACUAGAAGAUUUCAAUUAUUUGUUUGGGAAAGACAACAGGAUGAAAGUUUGGAGAACAUCAAAUAUUGUACACUUUGCUUCGAUAAAUGCAAACCAAGUACCAACUGUGAGGUGCCCUUUUCUCCCCCUGUUCUGAUGGAUAUGGAUAUCACUUACAUUGUGGACAGCUCUCGCAGCAUCAGCAGUGAAGAGUUUCAGAGAGCCAAAGACUUUGUGAGCAACAUGCUAGACCAGUUUGUCGUUUCCUCACAGCCAAACGAAUCAUAUGGAGGCAUUAGAGUGGCACUGGUGCAGCAGGCUCCCAGAGGCUUCCUGCCUGACCGAAACCAGACCCCUGUGGCUUUGGAGUUUGAUCUAGUCACAUACAGCAAUAAGGAUUUGAUGAAGAAACAUAUCCAAGAGUCUGUUCACCAACUGGAAGGGCCAUCAGCCAUUGCUUCUGCCCUACAGUGGACAGUUGAAAAUGUAUUCUUUAAAGCCCCCAGACAAAGAAAACACAGGGUCGUAUUUGCAAUAGUUGGAAGCAAAACAAGCACGUGGGACAGAGAGAAGCUGAAAGAGAUUUCACUUGGUGCCAAGUGCCAAGGAUUCACCUUGUUCACUCUUGCACUUGGUAAUGAUGUGAAUGAUGAUCAGCUGAUGGAGCUGUCAAGCCCCCCCACAGACCAGCACUUACUGACGUUGAGCAGGGUUUCAACGUCUGAGAUGGCAUAUGCUCAGAGGUUUAGUCGGGCAUUUCUAAAUCUUCUACAACAAGAAAUGAACAGUUAUCCUUCACCUGAACUUCAAGAAGAGUGUGAAAAGUUAGAUCAGGGAGACACACAACAGCAACUGUCUAUGAUUGAGAGGAUGCCUUUUCCUGGAACUGAUGAAACUGGUUACAGUCAUGGUUUAGAAGACAUUGAAAGAACUGAAAGUAGAGUCCUGGAGAAUAUUAGAGAGACCACCACAGAACCUGUAUACAUGAUGCCAGAAAUUAGAUAUGAUUAUGAGGAGAAUGAAUAUUUCACAGAGGAAGAUGCUGAAGGAGAAAAGCCACAAGAGUAUGGAGAAGCUCAGGAGAACAAGGGAAAUUUAGAGACCACAGUAGAAACUAGAGCUGCCUAUAGUGAUUAUGAUGCAUGUGACCUUGUUCAAGACAGUGGAGAAUGUCAGAAUCACGUUCUGAAGUGGUACUACGACAAAGAGCGGAAAAUGUGUGAUCAGUUCUGGUAUGGAGGCUGUGGAGGCAAUAAAAAUAGAUUUGAAACGCAAGAAGAAUGUGGAUUCUUGUGUAUAGAGUCUUCCUAGUGCAGAGACACUGAAUUACUUUAAUUCUUCAGUUACACUAUCAGGGUGAUGGGGAAAAGGAAUUGAAAGAAAGCUUUACAUAACCACUCAGCUCCCAUGUUUCAGUUGACAGAAAUAAUUGAUUGUGACAUUAUUACCUAUUAACUUAACAGUGAAAAUAAGAUUAAAACUAUUUCUCAGUUGAUCAGAUACAACAUGCUGAGUACUGAGAAACUUGUGUUAGCCAACAGUGUAUUUUUUAAAAGCAAUAAAAGUAUUGAAACUUGACUUUGUUCCAUAAACACCCAAAUGUGCACUUUUUAAAUGUAUUGAAUAAUAUAAAACAAUACCUUAGGGAUUGUCAUUAAAUAACAUCGGAUGCGAGACACUAAUGUCAAAAUGUUUUGAUGCGUUUGCUUGCAUUUAUCCUGCUUAUAGAAAAUACCAAAAAGCAUUUAGCUCUCAAAGGACAUAGUCUUACUAGAAUUUACAUCACUUUGAUUUAGAGGAUUUUCUACCAUAGAGUCAUCCUUGGCUUUUUAAUUUUUUUCUGAAUAAUCCAACAUGUGAAUAAAAUCAAUCAUUCUCAAAUA